AUGAAUGGACCUGGAACCGAGGUUCAACCCGGACGCCCAUCUUCUCCGUCUGCACCCUUCGGCUACUCGUUUCUCUCUCACAUGGACACCCCCUUUGAGCAGGCGCCUGCACUUCCCCCGGGACCAUCUCUCCUUGACGAUAAUGAAUCCAACAUGCUCGAUAACUUCUUUACUACCAUGAAUGCGAAUCAGUUCACGAACGAUUUUUGGAUGCGACAAGAACACAAGACCGGGGCCCCAAAUUUUGAGUGGUCAGCUGAGCUGCCACCAAACUUUGAGGGAUCAACCACCUCUUUAUCACAACCUACGUUUCAGCAACAUGGACUUGGCAAGGUCGGGGGAGGGUUGAUGGCAGGAAACCCCGCAGGCUCGGAUAUUUUCGCUGCAGCAUCUAUGCUCUACCAAGGUGAUCUUAACGGAUCAGAAUUGGGGUCCACGUUGUCACAACAAGCUUUUGGCGGUCAUUCACUGCAUCCGAAUAGAUUGCAGCCCCGAAAUCACUCCCACGCCGGAAUACUCGGCCAGGGAUCAGCCCAACCAGAGCCUCGCACCGACGUUCCCACUGGAUAUCAUACCUCGGAGAUGUUUUUUGAUGUCCGCGACCCUAUCCCAGCGGAUCAGCAUCCUUCGCGGAAGGUCCGAAGUCUCCGUUGGGGGUCAGAUGCCAGUUUUAUGGACCAGGGGUAUCUUCGCCCACCAGAUCAACCCGACGAGGAGCAAAGGACCAAUGAUUUGCUCGACCAUCUUGGAUGUUUUGAAACACAAACCAGUGCAUCUAAUACUCGACCACCGAGUCCUGAUCGAAUCGUUGGAAAUCCUGUUCGCCGGCCUUCGUUCCGUGCUGCCAUCCCGGAGGAGACGACACAGCCCCGAAAGCGAUCCAGAGUUGUAAAAGAGGAAGACAAUUACUCAGACGAAGACGACGGUAGGCCUGAAAUCCGAAGGUCCCGGGGAUCGAUCAGCAAAGUCCGACGUGUGUCAACGGAUUUGUCCAAAAAGCCGCGGCUGCAGUCAGGGUCGAAAACUGCACGUGAGAAUCUUACUGAAGAACAAAAGAGAACCAACCAUAUUCUUUCUGAGCAAAAACGACGAAAUCUGAUCCGUCAAGGCUUUGAAGACUUGUGCAUCCUUGUCCCUGGACUCAGAGGUGGUGGGUUCAGCAAAAGCGCCAUGCUAACCGGGGCCGCCGAUUGGCUUGAAGACCUACUCCGGGGUAAUGAUAUACUCCAAAGGCAAUUGCAUGAACUAAAGAGCAUCAACGGCCUGGUCAUGCCUCGAUGA